AUGCAACCCGGUACGUAUCUUCAGCAGGAGCGUCAUGGCAAGGUCGUGCAGCUCCUCCAGUUGGCGAGCUCUGAGCGUGAUGUGACACAGCGGGUGAAGCUCCUCUUGCAGUCUCAAGAAUUGCUUCUCAAGGCUGAUACCUAUCCCGAGACGGUUGCCACGUGCUUAGAGUUCUUCCUGAACCUUCAAGCGGAUCCCUCCGCGCCCCUCCGUCGCUUCGCCGCCUACUUCCUCGAGCGCUUGCUGCUGUCCAAGCCGAGCUUGUGCUUGCGCUGCACCUUGGCCAUUGCCGCUCUCCUGGCCGACAGCGACCUCCUGGUCAAGGAAUUGGCACUGAAAGCUGCAGCAGUUCAUCACAGCAGGGCUUUGCAUGCGAUUUCCAAGGAGCAAGAUCCCUCUGAAGGUCAGCAAUUGGCUGAGCAGUUGCGCCGCUUGCAGGAGAAGGCUCGGGUUCUCUUGUACUCGGACCAUCCAGUUCUAUUGGCAGCAGCCUCCGGAUGGGCUCAGAUGGUGAUCCUGUCGCAAACUCCAGCGCCGCUCCUGUGGCAUGUGCAACGGGUGCCGAUGGAGCUGCGGGGUGUGAGUUGCAUCCAAGAUUUACCUUCGCAUGUGACGAGGGGAUCUGCUUUCAUCGACACUGUGGUGCUUCAACAACAAGCAGAACAGCUCUAUGAGCUACUACUGCAGUUGCUGCAGCAAUCCAUUUCGGGGUACAAUGAUGCAGGAAAGGCCAAAGCUCCGUUUCUCAUGCGAGUGCUUGGAUCUGUGGCCAGACAACGCCCUGCCAUGCUGGCACCGGCAGUGGAUAUCUUCAAGAAGAUUCUGCAGCAGCGAAAAGAUGUCCUCGGAGAUCAGAGCUUUGCGGAGGUGCAGAACUUGGUGACGGAGGAGGUCCAGGUGCUCCUGGCGUCACAACUCACCUCCGAGUGGCAUCCGGAGCUCAUGGAGCUACUGGACUCCCUGCAGCGCAAAGGCUCGUUGGAGGACCUGACCACACAAGCCAAGAUCAAGCAGAUUUGCAGCGUCGAGGGUCCCGAAGCGGCCGACUCCGCUCGCGCCCAGAAGCGCGCGCGGAAGGCCGAGCCAAAGCAGGUGUGGACGUCUCCAGGAGAUGCAUUGUCAGCAGAAGCGAUCUACGAUGCAGAUGCGAUCCUCAGCGGAGAAGCUGAAGCCACCUGCAAGCGUCUCGAAGAAUAUUUUGGACUUCCCAGUCAACGGGAGCCUGCGGGUCAUGUACCUGCACCUGCCCUGCUGGCCACACGCAUCAACAGCCAGGCCGAGUUGGCUCGCAUCGCCCUGACCUCUCUGAGUUCCUUGUCGCUGCAGCGGAGCCUCCACCGCGACCGCGCCCACGAGUUCGCCGUCAGCUUCUCGGAGGGCGCGGGACUGGGCGCGGACGCGGCGGAGGAGGCGGAGGCGUCGGCGGACUUCGUGGCGCUGCUGAUGGAGGGCAAGCGAAAGGAGGAGAAGGACGCUCCGACCGCGGCUGAGGAGGAGAAAACCCGAGAUCCGCGAGCUGCGGCUGGGCAAGUGCUGGCAGAGGGGGCUUCGAAACGAGGUGAGGCCAUCAAGACACCGGAAGAAGAGAUUCACUUGCUGGAAAUGGAUGCCAGCAAACUUCAGCUUCCACGUGGGAAGGAUGUCCAGUCCUUAGCCCUUACUCCCGGCGUCUUUUUGUGCGCCAUGCCGGUUUGGAGGGAAGUCUCCGAUUCAGAGGUUGAGGUGGACCUGGAGAAGUUCCUUCUUACUCCUCUACAAGCCGACUAUGUGGGACGCGCAUCCUACUUUAGAGAUGCUGCUGGUUUGGAUGCAUUUCUUCAAACCUUCAAUGGACCCUUGGGCUAUGCUAGCGAUUGCAGCGGGUUGGAUGCGCCCUUAUUUGCCUUGCAGCAGCUUUUGGGGCCAAAGUGCAAGGUGAAGUACUUGUCUAACAGCGAAAUGGAUGCAACAGCUCGGCGCUUCCUCAAUGUGAACCACACGCCACCUAUGCAGACAACUGAAGACAUGUUCCAUCUUCGUUGUGGGCCUUUGAAGAAAAAGGUGGGAAUCUAUGCUGCAGGCUUCCCCUGCACGCCAUACUCCCUUCUGGGUGGGCGACUGUUAUUGGACGAUGCCAACGCAGCUCAGAUGUGGCAAGUUCUCCAUCACAUUCAACAAAUCAAACCUGCCGCAGCGUUGCUCGAGAACGUUGAGGGAUUCAAGUGUGUCAUCGAUACACUUCUGAGCGCGAUCCAAGAGAAGUUGAAACAGUACCAAGCACAUGUUGUGGAUCUUGAUCCGCAAAACUACGGAUGCCCCAUUGCAAGACCCAGGGUGUACAUUAUCCUGGUAAUGAAGUCCUUGUCGCUGGGAGAUUUGGGGGGCUUUGCAAGCACAGUUUGUUCAGCUGUCCAGAAACCAUGUGAUGUGCGUUGGCAAGACCUUUUGUUCCCACGAGACCACUGGUAUGUGCAGAAGAAUUUGAAGAAGUGCCCAGGAGUCCGAAACAAACACGCGGGACAGAAGAAACCGAUGAAACUAUUCAAAUGGCCACAGCUGCACCGUGAUUGGGCCAAAGAGAAACGGGUGAAUAUGAAGAAGGCUGCGAGGUCUUUUGCUUCCACCUUUCCGCACGCGGCGGAUCAAAUCACAUCGAAGCGGGAGUUGCAGGCAGCGGAGCUGGUGUUUGCCCACAAGGGAAAGUUUGAGGCCAUCAAUACGAGUCAAAGCAUCCAUCGGAUGCCUGCUGUUUAUGGGAACUCUCCGCUUAUGACACUGACGCCUGGUGGUACAUACCUCAUCGCGGACCAGCAGCGAUUUCUCACGGGAGCUGAAUGCCUGCUUCUUAUGGGCAUCCGCAUCAAUGAGUUGGAAUUGAACGACUUCUCUUCCAAAGACUUGAUGCGGUUGGGUGGCAACAGCAUGUCCGUCCAUGUGCUGUUCGUUGCCCUUGCAAUCGUGUUGCGGCCCCUGGACCCUGAGAAACUACAAGAAUACUUGGCUUGA